UCCCAAAUUUGCACUUCUCCAUUCCAAAGGAGAUGAUCUAAAAAAAUAGAAAUGAAACAAUUAGCAACGCAUUAUUGUAUAUUAAAAAGAUCCAUCAAACUAAUAAACUUAUAAUCUUGAAACAUACUUGUCCCUUCUUGUGUUCUUCCUAGUUUGAUCAAGCUCUCCUUUCAAUCUUUCACUCAUCGCCCUUGGACUCUCAUGACUUGACCAAUUCCUCUAGUAUGAAAGAAUCACAUAUUAAGUAUUCGUCUCUUUAGAAAUUUCUGACAAAAUUAGAACAAUAUAGAGUGAACAUUCACACCUCACACUCUACAUCAUAAGUCUCAAAUCAAAUUGGGAUUAUGUAAUAUUAAGAGUUUGUUUGGGGAUUUAACUUAGUAAUAAUUAACUACUUUUUUUGUUAGCUAUGUCAAUUAGCAUAUGGCACAUUUCCUAACAAGGAGACACACCGAAACAAAAGUAUGAAAUCAAUGUUUUCUAUAUUUUGGAUCGAAGCGUUUAAUGAAUCCGAACUUAUUGGUUUACUUUCAAGUCCAAAAUAUUUUCCCCUAAGGAAGGCAUCAAGGCAAGAUAAAUUGAAGAUUGCCUAAUUUCCUUAACCAUGGUUAACCAAAAUCAACUGACCAUGGUUAUCCUCGUUAGAUUACACGUUUCAGAAGGAGGAAAAAAACGAAAUUUCCUCCAUCCUUUUAUUUAUUUAUUUAUCUAUCUCAAAAUGCUAGAUGUACCCAUGAAAAACAAAAUAAUAAUUAAACAAGAAAAAAGAGGUAGAAGAAAAUUCAAUAGAGAAGAAGAGAAAGAAAGAGAGCUAUUUAGAGCUCCGAAAAUACAUUUUUUGCCCCCCUCUGAUUUCUCGUCUGUUCUUUCCGAUGCUCCGCAGAUUGGUCUCGUGAACAUCUGAUUGAUUCUUCACAGCUCGAACAAAUUAGCUUAAGAACACCGGUACGCCAAUCGAUCCUCCGUUUCAACUUCAUUGCCCGAAUCUCCAAUCCUCGCACUCGUUUUUUCUCUGGAUCUUUUUUUUUUUUUUUUUUGUGUUCGCCAUCUCCCACUGGAAUCAUUUCUUAUUUCUGGGUUGAGCUGGGUUUUUUGUUUGUUUUGCCCUUGUCGAUCGAUCAAUCGGGUUGUUGAUUUGAGAUUGUUGUUCGAAUUGAAACAGUCGAUGUUGGGAUAUCUCGUGUUCAUGGAGACUGGGCAUGUUUCUGAUUGCAUUGCUCAUCAGCUUUCUAUUUAUAAAUUUUCUCAUUUCCAUCGCCGAUUUCGGAUUUGGAUUAUGAAUUUUGAUUAAUCAUCCACUUACUCUCACUGGGUAAUGAUCAAGUGGAAAUUUUGACUGUGGCGAUGAGUUGGGUCAGCUCUAAUUUAUGUAUUCCAUGUAGUAUAUGAUCUGAUAUGGCGCUUUUGCUGCUAAUCAAUUCAAUGCUUGGAUUGUAGGUGACUGAAUUUGUUUUGGAAUUGCUAGACUAGAUGAUUGAAGGGGGUUGAUGAUUGUUAAUUGGUGGUCAACUAACUCUCUGGAUUUUGCAGCUUAAAACAAAAAAUGGCAUCAAUGGUUGCUAAGGCCAGUAGUAGUCAAGUAUCUUCCUUUCAUUCUGUACAAGAAAAAGUGAGCCGGAACAAGAGGAAGUUCCGAGCUGAGCCUCCAUUGGGCGAAGCUGACAAGAUCAUCGCUCCGCCCCAAAAUGAGUGUCCUACUUACGAAUUCUCUGCUGAGAAGUUUGAACCUACCCCGGUUCAUGGUCUGGCGAGUGCAUGUGAUCUGUGUGGUGUGAACCAAGAUCAUGCAGAUGGAUUGAAGCUUGACCUUGGGUUAUCUACUGCAUUGGGUUCAACUGAGGUUGUUGAGCCAAUCCAGCCUAGGGAGGAACUAGAAGAAUCCAAUGAUGCUGAUUGGAGUGAUCUCACGGAAUCCCAAUUGGAAGAGCUUGUUUUGAGCAAUUUGGACGCAAUAUUCAAAAGUGCAAUAAAAAGAAUCGUCACCUUUGGGUAUGUCGAAGAAGUGGUUACGAAGGCUGUUUUGAGGUCUAGUGUUUGUUAUGGGUGUAAAGACACCGUGUCAAAUAUAGUGGAUAAUACCUUAGCAUUUCUCCGAAAUUGUGAGGAAAUUGAUCCUUCUAAAGAGCACUGUUUUGAUGAUUUACAGCAGUUGGAGAAGUAUAUACUGGCGGAAUUAGUUUGUGUGUUGAGGGAAGUUAGGCCCUUCUUCAGUACCGGGGAUGCAAUGUGGUGCCUCCUGAUCUGCGACAUGAAUGUUUCUCAUGCUUGUGCAAUGGAUGGUGAUCCAAUGAGUGGCUUUGCUGGUGAUGGGUCCCAUUCAAAACUCGAACCUGAAGGUUCUGAAUCAAAUGUUACAAGAACAACCCCUUGCAAGCCAGUGCCAUCGAUUCCUUGUUCUCCAAGCACCAGUAUUCCUCCUGGAGUUUCCCAUGUAAUCAGACCGAAGAAUAAUGGUUCUGUCCUAAAUGGUCUGUUAUCAGACAAAGAGGGAUCAGCUACUUCUGCAUUCGAUCCUGUUGAUAAAUGCUUCAGCAUUGCAGGACCAUCACAGUUACCUGUACUUGAAGAAAGGUUUACAGUUAGUAGGAAGGUUCAUUCCGGUAGCAGCAAGAGAGAGUUCAUCCUCCGGCAGAAAUCUGUACAUCUGGAGAAAAGCUACCGGACUUAUGGGUCUAAAGGUUCACUGAGAGGUGGGAAAUUGAGCGGGUUGAGCAAUUUGAUUCUAGACAAGAAACUGAAGUCUGUCUCGGAUUCCGCUGCUGUUAAUAUAAAGAAUGCUUCCAUAAGAUUGAGUAAGGCCAUGGGGGUUGUUGAUAAUAGCCCUCCAGAUGGGGGGAAAUCCGGACCUUCUUCCUCGGUAUCAUUCAGUUUGGAGACUCCUAGUACCACUUCUUCUUUACCUAAAGCCCAUAUCCUUCCUGUAUUACCCCCGGCCAAUUCCUCACCUGUAUUACCUCUGGUCAGUGUCACGUAUCCUCUAUCAACUGCAGACACGGAGCUUUCACUUUCACUCCCUACAAAGGCACAAAAUUAUAGUUUUUCUGGAAAGCCAUGUGAUAAUAAGCCGAUGGCACAGUGGGUUCCUCGGGACAAGAAGGACGAGAUGAUUGUGAAGCUUCUUCCUAGGGUAAGAGAACUGCAAAAUCAGCUUCAAGAAUGGACAGAGUGGGCAAACCAGAAGGUUAUGCAGGCGGCUAGAAGGCUGGGUAAGGACAAGGCCGAACUUAAACUGCUGAGGCAAGAAAGAGAAGAAGUCGAACGGCUGAAGAAGGAUAAACAAACUUUGGAAGAAAACACCAUGAAGAAGCUAACCGAGAUGGAAAAUGCCUUGGGGAAGGCAAGUGGACAGGUGGACAGAGCAAACUCUGCCGUCCGGAGGCUCGAGGUGGAGAAUGCUGUGCUAAGGCAGGAGAUGGAAGUUGCGAAGCUACGUGCUGCUGAGUCAGCUGCCAGCUGUCAGGAAGUGUCGAAGAGGGAGAAGAGAACAUUGGUGAAGGUUCAGUCAUGGGAAAAACAGAAAGGGAUGCUUCUGGAGGAGCUUGUGUCUGAAAAGCGCAAGGUCUCACAGCUACUGCAGGAUCUCGAUGCUGCCAGACAACAACAGGACCAACAAGAGGCUCGAUGGAAACAGGAAGAGAAGGCAAAGGAAGAGCUUCUUUCCCAGGCCAGCAAAAUAAGAAAAGAAAGAGAGAAAAUCGAGUCCUGGUCCAAAUCCAAAGAGGACAUGAUCAAACUAAAAGCAGAAACCAAUCUGCAAAAACACAAAGAAGACAUACAGAAGCUCGAGAAAGAGAUCUCCCAGCUCAGACUUAAAGCCGACUCAUCGAAGAUCGCUGCCCUCCGUAGGGGAAUCGAUGGCACUCGAGCUCCCAUGGACUUCAAAACCAAUCCUGCCGUCCGGAAGGAGACGAACCGUUCCAACCACGGUCUGCCAGAAGUGGUCAUCACAGAUUUCAACGACUACUGCUUGGACGACGGAGGUGUGAAGCGAGAGAGGGAGUGUGUGAUGUGUCUCUCGGAGGAGAUGUCGGUGGUUUUCCUGCCCUGCGCUCAUCAGGUCGUCUGCACGAACUGCAACGAGCUGCAUGUGAAGCAAGGGAUGAAGGACUGCCCGUCUUGUAGGAGCUUCAUCAAGCGACGUGUUGCAGUACGUUACGCUCCUCCUCGCUCUUAGUAUAAUUAUGAUGAUGAUUUAUAAUUGAUCGAUUGUAUGAGUGUUCAGCUUGAGUAUAUGAGAGAGUUAUAAUAGAGUUUUGAGUGGCUUUUUGGAAUAAUGGUUGGUUUGGGGGGGACUCUGUUUCUGAGUUUGAAUAAUCCUUCCUGGUAUCCUGAUGCUACUCUAUUCACCCUGUCAAAGAGUCUGCAAAAAAGAGACAGAAAAAGAAGAGAACAGAACAGAUUGAAGUUGCCUAAAGAUAUGAAAGCUUGAUGAUAUAAUACUUGUUCAACAGCGGAUUUCCCAAUUCUACACAAGUCACAUUUGGCACUGAAUUCGUACCCGAGACUACUACAGUAUUGAACUCGAGUAUACAUGUCAUCGUUAGCACUUCCUCCUUACUGCGAUGUUAGCACCUCGUUUUCUCCCGAAUCGCAUUGCAACUCUCUACUUCGCCCGCCAUUAUAGAUACCCACUAGCAUUAUCGCUAACGAAGGAAUACAAAGUAUACGAACACUAGGAUACCAUAAAUCGAAAGAGCCCAUUUGUCGUGUGUCUGCGUGUUGCGAAGAACGCUUGGAAGUCGGGGAUGAAAAGGACCCUGUUCUUUGAAUCCGCACCCCAUACGGAUUCCUACAGUGACCAUUUUUUGCUUUUUGGCCCUCCAAAUUAUGUGGAAGGCAGUAAAAUUUGAAAAAGUUGUGGAGGAAACAGAGAAAUAGGGCACAAUACAGGAAGUGGGGUUGGGUUGUUCCUUUCAUUCUCUGUUCCACUUUGAAGUGUUCUUUUCCUUUCUUUUCCCAAUGGGGAUGAUUGCUGCUGUGAGGGGAAAAAAUAAAAUAAAAAAGGUGAGAAGCUUAAAUAUGUGGAUCAAAAAUGGCAUUUGGUCUGUGUACAAAAUUGUGCCACGUGGCAGAAUCAUAUGGAAGCAAGAACGUCUGUAACAAGAAUAUAAUUUAGCUAAAAAAUCUAUAAAAAACAAUUGGAAUAGAAAGUAUGAAUUAGUAACUUCAAGAAUGAUUAAACAUAUGAAAACAUCCAAAUUAGAAGCAAAACUAAAUAACCUUGUCAAAUUUAAUUGAUUAGAUGGUUUAACCAAUUAGCAUCAUUUACACGUUAACAAACAAACUUAAAAACACCAAUCUAUUCAGGAAUAUAAUUAACACAAAUCCCAAAAAUGAUAUUUAAUAACUAUCUUCAAAUACCUGGUCAAUGAGUUUAUUCACGGGACGGGUUAGCAUGCUAACCCCUUAAGGGGUUGGUUUUUUGACACCCCCUUUUAAUUGGUCAAUUUUUCAUUAAUUAUUGACAAGUAUUAAUGAAAGUAAACAUAAUAAAUGUUCUGUUAUUAAAUACAAAGUAAGCAUUAAAUACACCACAUUAAUUACCACUUUACUGGUAUUUGUACCACUGCACUGAUACUCAGAUAUGACAUUGCUACCAGUGCACUGAUAUCGCUACUAGUGCAGUGGUAUAUCUACUAGUACAGUGGUACAACGUAUCAGUGCAGUGGUAUAUCUACCAGUACAGUGGUACAACGUAUCAGUGCAGUGGUAUAUCUACCAGUACAGUGGUACAACGCAUCAGUGCAGUGGUAUAUUUUUUGGAGGUGGUCGGAGGGAGUCUGCCGAUGGGAUUUUCACCGGAGAAGUGUGGCGGUCGGAGGAAGUCUGGUGGUCGGAGACUGCUGAAAAAGGAAAAAUCAAAUAUAGUGAGAGAAUUCCUAAUGUGUAUUUAAUGUGUGUAUUUAAUUCCUAAUGUGUAUUUAAUAGUGAGAGAAUUCCUAAUUAAUAUGGUACAUUUAAUUCCUAAUGUGUAUUUAAUGUGUGUAUUAAUUAUUGUGUAUUAAUUAUAGUUGUAUUUAAUAUACUAAGGGGUGUCAUUUUUCCAACCUCUAAGGGGGUUAGCAUGCUAACCGACCCCUUUAUUCACUAUUAGACGAAAUGAAAUUGAACCGGCACA